UGGAACUCAUCUGCUUCUCCAUUUGCAGUGUCAGUCCUGUGUGAAACCAUGGCGAGGGGGAACACCACCUCAGAUUUCAUCCUCCUGGGGCUCUUUAACCACUCAGGAGACCACCUCUUCCUCAUUGUGAUGGCUCUUACAGUUGCCUUCACCUCCCUCGUGGGCAAUGCCCUCAUGAUCCUGCUGAUUCACCGGGACCCCCAGCUGCACACGUCCAUGUACUUCCUGCUGAGCCAGCUCUCCCUGAUGGACGUGAUGCUUGUCUGCACUAUUGUGCCCAAGGUGGCUGCUGGCUACGUGACAGGGAGAAAGUCCAUCUUCCCCACUGGCUGUGGUGUACAGAUAUUGUUCUUCAUCACUCUGGAAGGGGGAGAGUGCUUCCUCUUAGCAACCAUGUCCUAUGACUGCUAUGUGGCUAUUUGCCACCCCCUGAGAUACCCCAUCCUCAUGAGCUGGCGAUUAUGCCUGAGAAUGACCUGGGGGUCCUGGUUCCUGGGGGCAGCUGAUGGGCUCGUGCAGGCUGCUGCCACCCUGAGCUUCCCAUUUUGCAGGACUCAUGAGAUUGACCAUUUCUUCUGUGAGGCGCCCGCUCUGGUGCAUUUGGUUUGUGGUCACACAUCUGUCUUUGAGUACGCCAUGUACACCUGCUGUGUGUUAAUGCUCCUGGUCCCGUUUUCCCUCAUCCUGACCUCCUACAGUCUCAUCCUUGCUGCUGUUCUCCAGAUGCGUUCUGCAGAAGCCCGCAGAAAGGCUUUUGCCACCUGCUCCUCACAUUUGGCUGUGGUGGGACUGUUUUAUGCAGCUGCCAUAUUUAUCUAUAUGAGACCCAAAUCCUAUGGGUCAGCUAACAUUGAUAAAGUUGUUGCAGCAUUUUAUACUAUCUUCAACCCUAUGCUGAAUCCCAUUAUCUAUAGUCUAAGGAAUAAUGAGGUGAAGGGAGCCCUGAGAAAGUGUGUGGGUCAGUGUACAGCCUUGAGUCAUGACUAA